AAUUUACGCUUGUUCGGUGUUUAUUGCUCGCUGUAUGAAGUGUAUAGUCGUAGCGUUGCAUUUCAUAUGCAUUGGAAGCAUUUUACUCUUGUGCUCUUGCUCUGGUUCUUCAAUGUGAAAACCAAGCAACUUCGGUAGUAGGUAAUUCGGUGUUCGGCUCGUUAGUAUAGGUAAUCGAUUCUCCGGCUAUACUGUAAAUAUGGUGUGAUGGUGAUUUGAAUUGAAAUGGAUCUCUUAUGAUCUUCGAGCUUUAUUGACGUUUUUCAACUUAUCAAUAUAUUAAGACGACGUUUUUACGAUCGUCGUCGCCGUUUAUUAAUUAAUUUUUCAAAUCGAUUACGAGUAUAUAUCUUCGGUGUGUGUUUAUAUAAGUGUAGGUAUAAUUAACGUUAGUGGUACCUACUUGUGUUUGUAUACCUAUUCUGUCUUGAAUGAUGUGAUUUGAUUUUUGUUGUGCUUUAUUCGUUCGAUUAUGGUGCGAAAUAGUCGCGAAUUCUGAUUAUCAAUACUCUGAAGUUUCGUGUGGUUUAUUUUAUUGUUCCAGUAUAUAUAUUUUUGGGAUUCCAGAACGUGAAUUGAAGAUUUUGGAGAACUUCGAAGAUAAAUUUUGGAGAUUUGGAUCGGGAUUGGGUGAUUUUUCGUUUUAUUUGGAGAUCAUCAAAUGUAGACUGAAUGACGGACUUCGAUAGAAUAAAACGUGCUUGUCUGAAAAAAGGCGAACUUUGGGAAGAUCCAGAUUUCCCAGCUACUCAAUCGUCGGUAUUUUACCACCAAAAGCCACCAUUUCAGUUCACUUGGAAAAGACCUAAGGAACUAUGCGCACGUCCGGUGUUUGUACACGACGCGCCGACUCAGUUCGAUGUCAGUGCCGGCAAAAUGGGCGACAAAUGGCUGGUAUCGUGUCUAGGAGUUCUGUACCUGACGAAAGGAUUAUUCUACCGCGUGGUUCCGGCCGAUCAAACGUUUUCAAAUUCCGAUUACGCCGGUGUAUUCCGAUUUCGACUAUGGUGGUGCGGAGAAUGGGUCGAAGUGCUGGUAGAUGAUCGAUUACCAACGGUGACUGGAAAAUUGGCUUUUUUGCAGAGUCAGCAUUCUGAUCAGUUUUGGCCCGGAUUGUUGGAAAAAGCUUAUGCCAAGUUACAUGGGUCGUACGAAGCGUUGAAAUAUGGUACUUUGCUGGACGGAUUGGCUGAUUUGACCGGAGGUAUUACCGAAAGUAUUAAUAUAAGACAGGAUUCCACAACUUGCGGUAGAAUGUUGAAUAAGUUGCUGGAUAUGACAUCCUUAGUCACGUGUACCGUUCAACCAAGCACAACUACUCCUCAGAUACGCACGUAUACGGAAAAAUUGGCGAAUGGAAUCCAAAUAGGCACAAAUUACAGAUUAUACUCCGUCGAAAGAGUAGAGACGUUCAAUGGCGAACCUGUGCAAUUAAUUAAAUUAAAAAACCCCAUAACCGUGAGUGGAGAAUAUAUCGGAGCUUGGUCUCGAGACUCGACCGAAUGGGAUGAAGUACCACCCCACGAAAAAGAACGCCUGGGAGUCAAGCAUACCAGUGAUGGAGAAUUUUGGAUAUCGUAUUCAGAUUUCGUCAAAACGUUCACCCAUUUGGAAGUGGUUCAUUUGGAUAAUGAGACCAGUAGAGAUGAGCCAUCGUUACAUCACAAGCAUACUUGGCAAAUGAGAAUUUAUCAAGGAUCUUGGCAAAGAGGAGUUACCGCUGGUGGUUGUAGAAAUAAUCCAGAUACCUUUCAUAUUAAUCCGCAGCUUCAUUUAAUUCUAAGCGAAAUGGAAGAAGUGAUUAUAUCGCUGAAUCAGCAUAGUAUCAUGGAACCAAAAGUGAUCGGUUUUACUGCUUACUCGUUGCCUAAAAAUAUCGGCGAAUCGGCCGGUCGACAGUUUUUCAAAAAAAAUAAAUCUUUAGUCAAUUCUCAAUACACAAAUAGUCGACAAGUUAGUCAAAGAUACCAACUCGAACAAGGAGGUUAUCUCGUUCUCCCUACUACUUUCGAACCAGCUCAAGAAUCAAGUUUCACGUUAAGAGUUUACUCUUGCAAACCUCUAAAAUUGAAAUUAUUAGAUACUACUCCGGUGCUACUUAAAUCAGCCAUUGUCAAAGCUCCGUUGACCGCUGUAGAUGGUAAAAGUUUCACUCAAUACGAAUCUGUAUUCUUGCAAUUGGCUGACGAACACAGAACCGUGAACUCUUUCGAGUUGCAAGAAUUAUUAGAUGCUUGUUUACCUAAUGAUUAUAUCAAGAGUUGCGCUUGUAUGGAAGUUUGCAGGCAGAUUGUCAUUACCUUAGAUAGCAUGGGAAACGGUAGAUUGAAAUUUAGCGAUUUCAAGGAUCUAAUGUGCAGCCUGAAAUGUUGGCAAACUGCUUUCAAAAACCAUACCAAAGAGAAAACUGGCAUACUGAAAGCUGAAAGACUCAAAGACGCUUUGUUAGAAGUUGGAUUUCAACUCAGCACCGAAGUUCUAUCCAUUUUAAUAUUGAAAUACAUGCGAAAAGAUGGUACAUUGAGAUUCGGAGAUUUCGUAUCUGCGAUACUUCAUUUAACCGUCUCAUUUAGUACAUUCGAAUCGAAAGACCCUCUCCAAAAUGGUAUCAUCAAGUUGACCCUUUCUGAGUGGUUGAAAUCUUCGCUAAUGUGCUAAAACUCAAUCCAGAAUAUUCCAGAUUCUGUUUUAUGUAUUUCGCUGUGUUUUGCUCAAUAUGGUUUUGCCUUCUCUGUCUCUCUUCCAGUCUUCCUGGUAUUAUUACAUGGAGGAAAAACUUUCAGAGUAUUCUGAUAACUUACGUGCUUAACUUUAAGUUUUACGUUUAAUGUUACCUUUCAUAUUUUUGUAGUCAUUUUGUACGUAUAUUUUAACCUAAGUGUGUGUGAAUUUCUCUCCGUAUCAUUGUUUAUUAUUGAAAAAAAAAGAAGAAAAACUCGAGACAGAUGCGUUGAACUGAAAAUCUAGCUUUCUAGCCUAUAUGGUUUAUUAAACAGUCAUUGAGGUGUUGUGAUUCUUGAUCAGUCGUUGAUAUUGUUUGUUUGAUUCAAUUCGUCGUCUCAGAGUUGUUGGAUUAUUACCUCCAUUAUUUUUGCUAUAUUCACAUAUGUUGAUCUAUUUUGUUCUUUUGUUUAACUAGUUUUUUUUUCUCUUUGAGAAUCGUUUUAAUAAUGAUAUGUUUAUUUCUU